UUGCCUCGCCUGCUCAAGGUCGGUCGAUUGUCUGUGGGUGGUGUGAUACGUAGUUGUGGAUAUUUCAGGAAAUCUCCAAAAGGCCGGAAUGGACGAUGACCGUGACGUGUUCCUCCCGCCCAAGAAGUUCCGCUACAAACAGCUCCACCAUCGCGGUGACCCUGCCGGAGGCGAUGCCGCAGACCGUGCCCGGCUGCCGCUCAAGAAGACUGCGGUAUUCCGCGCCGCCCAGGAGGCCGCCCUGUCGGCGGCUGCGGCUGCCGCCCCCGCCCCCGCCCCCGCCGCUCCGUCCGGCAGCGCCGCCCAUCCGGCACAGAUGUCGCCGGCGCUGUGCUACGCGCCGCCCGACUCGGCUCCUGUGAAGCUGCCCUACUGCCCGUCGUGCCAGAUGCCGUUCGCCAUUCUGGUCAGCGCCACUCCGAUGCACCAUCUGGAUGAGUGCGCCCAGAUGGGGCGGUCCCAGCAGCUGCCAGAGUGUCCCGACUCGGUUCACUGUCAGAGCGGCGUGCCGGCUCACUACAGCCGGUACGCGCACCUGGCUCUGGCCCGACUGCGCGCCUACCAGUAUCAGUACCAGGCGCACGCGCUGCUCACCUCUCGGGCUCACUCGCCGCACCACCAGGCGCCUCCGCCGCUGCCGGCGGCACUCUCACCGCACGUGCAUAGGGAUGUGCUCCAGCUGCGACAACCGCCGGGCGGGUACCCGAUACGCUCCGCCGCCGUCUCAGCUCCCUCGUCAGCGGUCUCGGCCUCAAACCUGCAGCUCCUGAGUCUUGCGCGUCAGCUACCGGGAGGCGCCGGCUCGGCGGCCGCCCCUCUGAGGGUGACCCACAGCCCGCACGGCAGCCUCCACAGUCCGCUGAGUGUCAGUCUGGGGAGUCCUCACCCCUCGCCAGCCAGUACCAGCCCCCAGGCGCCGUCUCCGCUACCGCCGAGCGCCGCGCCGGCUCCUGUGCCAUCCGCGCUCGGUCGUAGUAGUCCGAGCAGUGAGCAUUUUCCGAUUCGCUCCCGAGCGAAUACCAUGUCUCCGCCGAGGGGUGGAAGAGGUGGGCGCUAUGGGAGUAGACCGAGAAGCUGUAGCUUCACGCUGCCCCAGCGGCCCGGCUCAUCAGCGUCGCUCUCUGUGCCACCGAGGCGCGCCGGUUUCAGUAUUGCCGAGAUAAUGGAACCGGCGGCAGCAGCAGCGGAGACAGGCGGAGCGCUGGAUUUGAGCGUGCGCAGGCGACCGGCACCAUUUGACGAUCUUCAGGAGGACCCACAAGACACGAUUAGUGAGUGUGUGUCGGACGCCGUCGAGCGUUUUCUGGAUGAUGACUCGAAGUUGAGUGGUACCGCCCAGGAUUCGGGCAUCAGCGAGGGGAAUCGUGGGGCAGCGAGCGAGGCGGCUAAGCCUUCAGACAGUGGUUCAGCUGGAAGCAAGGUUACAGUCUCCAUCAGUUCAGCUGGAGGUAUAUCACAGCCGCCGAAGAAGAGGAGGCUGACGCUGGACCAGGCGACGGCUGCGGCCUGUAGACAGGCUGCGAUUUCUGCCUGCCAUCCUCCGGCACCGGCUCCAACAACUACCGAAAAAGAGGACUCUACUUCCGCGCAGGCUUCUGCCGCUGCGGCUACGACUGAAGGUACUGAGAAGACUACCGCUGCCCCUACCCCCGUGUCAGCCUCUGGAACGGGCGAGACCUCGACCUCGGCACCCACCGCUGCAGCCAGUGGUACAGGAAGGAUUGGGGAGGGAUCAGCUACCGCUGCUGAUACGGCGCAGACGGAUUUGGGACAGGAGCAGCAGACGUCGGCAGCCAAACCUGCGCCGAGUGCUGUGAGUGCCAAGGAAGAAGAGACCAAGCGUCAGUGGGCCCACAUCAUGUCCAAGAUGCGGCCGUCGGCGGUUACACCGGCCCAGCAGCAGCGUGCCCAGGUCAAUGGGGAGCGGCCGCCGACCGGCGAGCGCAAGUGUCCCUUCUACAAACUGAUACCCGGCGCUCCGUUUGCGGUGGACGCGUUCAACUACGGCACGGUUCCGGGCGUGGAGGCGUACUUCCUGAGUCACUUCCACUACGAUCACUACCGCGGACUGUCCAAGGCUUUCCCCAAGACAGUCUACUGCGGAAAGGUCACAGGUAACCUGGUGCUGACGCGCCUGAAGGUGCCCAUCGACCGUAUCAAGAUGCUGCCCAUGAACGAGCCACGGCUGGUGUUCGGGGUCGAGGUCACACUGCUGGACGCCAACCACUGCCCGGGUGCCGUCAUGUUCCUGUUCAAGUUCAAGGACGGUCGCGCCAUUUUGCACGUGGGAGAUUUCCGCGCGGACCCGGCCAUGGAGAGCUACCCGGAGCUGUGGAAUACCUCCAUAGAUCGGGUCUACCUGGACACCACGUACUGUGACCCGGUGUACGACUUUCCUAGCCAGUCGGACAUUUUACACCAGUGUGUGCGGAUUGUCACCGAGGCCAUACAGAAACACGCCAAGACGCUAGUCGUCUGCGGCAGCUACACCAUCGGCAAGGAGCGCGUGUUCCUGGCGAUCGCCGAGGCCCUCGACUGCCUGUUCUGGGCGUCCGCGGACAAACGGCGCACCCUUCAGUGUCUGGAGGAGCGGGCCAUCAAGAGACGACUGACCACCGAGCAGCAGAGGGCCAGGAUUCAUGUGCUGCCGCUGGGACACCUGACCAUGAAGACUCUUCAGAACUACCUGAAGAUCUUCCAGUCCCAGUACACCCAUAUCGUGGCCAUCAAGCCGACAGGCUGGGAGCACGGCAAGGACCACGAGCCGCACGGAGACUUCAAGCCAAAAGUCUCCGGAAAUAUCGCCAUAUAUGGCGUGCCGUACAGCGAGCAUUCGAGCUACUCCGAGCUGAAGCGGUUCGUGCAGUUUGUCCAGCCGCGUGAGAUCAUCCCCACGGUCAACGUGGGCAGCGCAGCAGCACGCGCUCAGAUGGACUCCAUCUUCAGAGGGUGGCUGUCCGAGGGACGACCCAAGCCUCGCUCCCUCCCUGCCCCCGCUGCACCAGCCCCGGCGGCCUCGGCAGCAGCGAAGGCCUCGACGCAGGCCCCAGCAGUGACCACUGCAGCAGGCAGCAGCGGAUGAGAACGCGACGAAGCUCGCAGUGAUGAAUACAGGGUGAGGACGGCAAUACGCCGAGGAUUCCAGCCUGAGGCUGAGAAUCCACAGCUGACAAAUCGUGAUACGUAAACGGAUGGACGUGCCAGCUCGCACGCGAACGCACGCGUAGUGCGUGUAAUGUACGCGCGUGGUGCGCGAUUAGCGCGCGUACGUGCGUGCGCGUAAACGACGUGCGCAUAUACGUACGUGAGUGAUUCGUUGUUACUGAAUUUAACGUUAAGACUCGCCUAUUUAUUACGGUUGCAGGCGCUGAGCGAGAUUUGUUGGUGUUGUGUGAGGCGAUGGCGGCUGCGGUGGUUGUCGGAUUGGGCCGCUGGGAGUGGCGUGGAGUGGGGUAGGGGCGAGGCGUCCAGGGGAGGGGUAGAAGAGAGGGGGUGGUCAGAGGUGGGGGGGGGGGGGCACAAUGUUGGGAGGGGCGGGUGAAAGCCAGGGAGCGAUCUAAGGCUAGGAAAGAAUGUUUUUGAUAAGAUCUGUCCUGUUCUGUAACAGAAGGGGUUCUAUCCGGUAAAAAGCGAGAGUGAAAGACUUUUUAAAUUAUUUUGGCAUUGCUUUUCGAUGUGUUUCAGUUUUAUACGGCAAGGGCUGGACCCGCUAAUAUACAGAGCUGCAGGUCUUAUUCCUAAGGGAGGAAGGGAUAUAUGUAGAGUGGGUCGUGGAGGGGUUUCGACUCUAGCUAAUCUGGGGAGGGGAAAUGGUUGUGUCUGUCAUGUAUUCAGUGAUAAGUUCCACUAAGUCAGUCAGCUGAGUGAUGUGUAAUGAACGACAGAUCCGCGGCAGUCCUCCCUUGUUGGCCGCCAUCCGGGUCUGUUUGUAUGUUUGUGUGUCUAUGAGUGUGUGAAUGUCCUUCCUGUUACCUGACUGAUAGGUGUGUUUGUGUGCGCGGCUGGUGAUAACCGUGUAUGUCCCAUUCUGAUGGAUUCAUAGCUGAUGGAGACGCGAUCUGACUGAUCUGGCCGUUUUAACUGUCUUCUGUGGUGUAAAAGGUAGCGUGCUGUGAUGUGUCGAGAAUGUGUGCCUAUCUCCAGCUACUGCAGUGUUAUCCGCCCCGUCUAUGUGUUUCGUCUGCCUGUGCGAGUCCAACUGACGUGUCUGUGAUGCUUGUGAUGUGAUUUGUGGUGUUUUAGUUUGUAAGUGUGUCUGUUUUGGAGAGUGGAGAUUACAGCUAGUUAGCUCAGCUUGUUUGUUACCACAUUUCCAGCUUACCACAAUCUUUGCUUACCGAUUCAUAGACCUAUGUAGCUAUGCGCUUAGCUCCUUCUUAGAACAUCUAAAAUACUCUUCAACCUGCUCCUGAGGGCAUCACUAACGAAUUCGGGUCUUCAGAAUCAAAUCGAGUGAAAUCAAAUUAUAUAUUAUACCGGAAGAAAUACCGGAAGAAUCAACCCUUCAUCGGAUAUCGCACUAAGUGAAUCGGAUUUAUCCUUCAAACAUGCGUCGGCAGCUAGUGGUCGCGGGCAUCGCCCAUAUUUCGAACCGGGUUUACGUGGAUGUUUCUCCUGCAAACUACACAUUGCAUUUGCUGCAUUUCUGGGGUGGGUGGUUUUAGGUUGUAGUUGUCAGAGAGAACGCCAUUUGAGAACACUGUCGCUAAUUAACUAUCAUAACGGUAAAGUAACUACGGAUUCAGAUACAAAGGCUGGCGUUGUCGACGCUAGUUUGAAACCUAUUGCAUUUAAGGAACCGUAGGUAUACGCCGGGUAGCUCUUGCCUGACCCCCCCCCCCCCUAACAAGUUAUCCGAACAUCUAUCUGGACCUCAGCUGGGUUUUUCGCCGACCUGCUUAUUCAUUAUUACACUGUCUAAAGUAUAACUGUCUGGAAUGCAUCUGUGUAACAUGACUGGAUGUGGUAUGUUGACUGACGCUUCUUAACCCAAGUGAGACAUGUCGUGAGCGUGAGAUAUCGUAUAACUCCGUGAAUUCGUCUGUUGUGAAUUAUGUCGUGUUUGUGUCCGUAACUGUCUCCGUAACAUGCUCCGUAACGUGGUUCGUGACUAUGUCGUGAUGUAAACCGUGACGCCAUAACAGGCCGUGAUGUGGGUGGGUAAGAGUCGGUGAUUCUCACUCAGUGAGAGUCGUUGAUUCUCGGUGAGAGAUCGUUGGUUCAGUCGGAGUCAAGAGAUGGAGCCAGGUUGUGUGUUGACUCCCAGAGUGUGUUGUUUCGUUGUGCUGUGGUUUGGGCAGAGUUGAGGAGUCGGGGAAAUGUGAGGAAAGAGGGAGGGGGGAUGUCGCCAGUCUAGUCACCGCGUGGGGGCAGGGCAGAGCAGGGGAGUACGAAGGCAGAGUACGGGGUGGGACGGGUCGCCCCCAAUAGGCAGCAGCUGAGACGGCCUUGCAGUCUGUCGACGCUGUUUGUGUGUCUGUCUGCGAGUGUGUUUCCGGCAGGAUCCGGGCUACACCGCAUGAUAGUGUAGCGCCAUGAGUUUCACACGUGCGCCAGGAGUGUCUCGUGCGUUUGUAUGCGUGUGUGCAGGAGUAGGUGUAAACGCUCAGCGCUGGCAUCGCGAGAGCUACAUUGUGCCGCGCCGAAUAUUUUUUGCAUCAUUUUCGUUAGUUUUUGGAGCUGGCGAAGUUGCGGUGAAUUUUAUGUGAGGUUUGUCGUGCAGGCUAGAACCGGCGAUUUUUAUCGUUCUGUUUUGGAAUUCGUUGCACCAUUUUGACGAACUCGUGUUCAGAAACUGGGUUUUGUAUGUGGGCGUCAAUCGUAUUCGUGGACACGCCAUUUGGACGUGAUAUUUUUUUGUUCGGAAAUUGAAUGCGCCCAUUGCCGAACAACAUGGUUUUCGAACAACCAAUCACGGCAGUCUGUUUUACUCGUAAGGUUACCAUUGUUUGUGCACUUCACCAACGGUUAACCUUGUUUUAGGAGCUUUUAAUUCCCUUCAAAAGGCGGCAUGUUCAAACCCUACUGUAUGCAUGAAUUGUGGUGCAAUUGGCAAACGUGCAAUGUGGUCACUACGAGCCCUAUAUCUGUUCAUGUAAACUUACCCCACACGUGACCCUGGUUGGUGAGUGGUGAGCUCUGCUGACCUGAAUGGGUUCCUUCACGCUCUCCGCCGCGUUGUGUCGUACGUUGGGUGUCUGCCGCGCGAUGUUACUAUAAUGUGAUGUGAUGUAUCUGAUGUGAGAUGUCAAUGUGGGCGUUCGUCCGCCAGGCCCAUCCGUCGUCAGCGGACGCAGACAGUUCAGUGUAUGUGCUUUCGUACGUUUUUAGGCUAGCCUGCUAGUAUUAGUCUCGUGUGCCCGCGCGCACAUCUGUGAUGGUCGUCGCGCUCCAUACUGUAGCGGGCGCGGGCGUCGCCGGUCGGCGCCACGUGUUAUUGUUAAUCCUGCCGGGUGUCCACGUGGCACGUGCGGCGCCACGUGUCGGUGCCACGUCUCGUGUGAGAGCGGGUGAUAGAGGCGGCGCGCGGAGAGUGAGCGAUGUGCCGCCAGCGGGCGUGGGACGAGGACCGCCGCUCCUGCGGGGUGGGUCCAAACGGUCCCAGAGAAAUGCUCAAACGACGGGCGCGGCGCACCGAAAUGACGCAAACUGUGGCUGCUUUCCAAAUAAAACGAUGUCUAUUGGA